AUGCCUACCGUGGUCUUAAUGGACGUGUCUCUGUCCAUGACACGGCCAGUGUCACUGGACGGCAGCGAGGAUUUCCAGAGGAAGAACCUGGCUGUCCACGGACUCACCAUGUUGUUUGAACACAUGGCUGCAAACUACCGCCUGGAGUUCACAUCACUGGUGGCCUUUUCUUCCCUCUGGGAGCUCCUGGUACCUUUCACCAGAGAUUACAACGCCUUGCAGGAGGCUUUAAGCAACCUGGAGGACUACGACAAAACCUGUGUUGAAUCGGCUCUUCAUGGAGUCAGCAACAUUGUGCAGCAGGAGUGGGGAAGCUCCUGUCCCUGCCAGGUGGUGCUGGUAACAGAUGGAUGUCUUGGUAUAGGAAAGGGCUCUUUGCGCCAUUCUUUCCACACACUGAAGCAGCGAGGAGAUGACAAGAAGUUCCCACUCCCUUUCCCUUUUCCAGCCAAACUGUUCAUUAUGUGUGUAGCCAAUGCUGAGGAGUUAAACAUGACUGAUGCCAUGGAAAACUUGGAGGAACUACUUCAUCUUAACGGAGGGGAGGGACAGAUCUUCACCAUGGAUGGGCCUCUGUGCCUGAAGAGUGUACAGACCAUGUUUGGGAAGCUGAUUGAUCAGGCGUACUCUCCCUUCCAUGCUGUCCUUCACUGUGGGAACCUGUCCUCAGACGUCCAGGUCUUCCCUCGGCCGGAGCCUGUGGUGGUGGACGAAGAGGUGGAGCCCAUGCCCAGAACAGUCAACACAGAUUUGGAGAUUGUGGGCUUCAUUGAGAUUGGGGACAUUUCCAGUCCUCCUGUCAUAUCCAGACACUUAGUACUACCUAUUGCUGUAAAUAAAGAGGUGGAUGAAGUUGGCACAGGGGCCACAGAUGAGCUUGAGGAGGAAGCCUCAGCCAGUCAGAUGGCAGGGAAGAGUCCAAAUUUCUGUGUGCUGUUACAUGGCAGCCUGAAAGUGGAAGGCAUGGUGGCACUGGUGCAGCUGGGGCCUGAUUGGUAUGGCAUGCUGUACUCUCAAGCAGACAGCAAGAAGAAAUCAAAUCUGAUGAUGUCUCUGUUCGAGCCUGGCCCAGAGCCUCUACCUUGGCUGGGCAGGAUCUCACAUUUGGGGCCAAUCUCAGAGGCUGCUGAAAAUCCCUAUGGUGAGGAUGACAGUAAAAGUCCUUUCCCUGUGCAGCCCCAGAUCAAGCGGAGCUAUGCCCAGAAUGUCACUGUGUGGAUUAAGGCCAGUGGGCUACAGACUGAUGUGCAGAAGAUCCUGAGGAAUGCAAGGAAACUGCCUGACAAGACUCAAACCUUCUACAAGGAGCUGAACCGCCUUCGGAAGGCUGCCUUAGCUUUCGGUUUCUGGGAGCUCCUGAAGGGAGUUGCUGAUCUGUUGGAGAGAGAGUGCACGUUGCUCCCCGACUCGGCCCACCCAGAUGCCGCCUUUCAGCUAUCCCAUGCUGCACAGCAACUCAAACUGGCCAGCACUGGUGAUUCUCAGUAUGCUGCGUUUGAUCACAACAUUGUUCCCAUGCACACUGACUUCUCAAGUUGAGUCAGAAAGAAUGGACUAAAAUAUGGCAGUCUUUAUGAACUCACUGCUGGAUAGUCAAACGGGAACAAGGCUCUGUGUGUGUGUGUGUGUGUGUAUAGCCCAUGUGCAGCUACACUACCAUGAAGGUAGUACCUGGUGUACGAUCAAAGUUAAAUUAAGUCAUCUACAGGCUGUUUGCAGAGCUAGUAAAUGUUUCAAAUGAUACUCAGACUGAUUAGUCAGACUCCUCAGUGAUGCUGCCUGAACAUAGCAAAACCUGCUUUCACCAACAGGGUCCAUGGUUUUGUUAAAUGAUGAUGUACAUAUGUCUUUUUUUAUUAAUGUUAUGUUAAAUAGAAUCUUGUAAUAAACUGACCAAG